AUGGAGCGUCUACAGGGGGAAGUGGAUAAUCUGACCACGGACGUGGCGCGGUUGGAAGUGCGAGUGAGGUCGUGCAAGGCAGCCUUGCCGCGAAGCUUGCACACUUUUGACCCUGAAUGCAAGGUCGUCAGCGAGUACUUCAGGGUAUUUGCCCAUAGCUCCCGCCACUCGCUCCAGGUGGACUUCCUCCACGGCAUCAUGAGCGACGCGAUGGCGUUCUACAGCCACGUUGGCCUGGACAGUUUGAUUGCCCAGUGGACGUUUGUGCCACUCCGAAGUCGUGGUCGAUGGCUCGCGAUCUUCUACCUUCUUUUGUACCGCCACACGAUCGAGGCACUCUGCCACUCGUUACGACUGGUCGAUGCCACCUUGGUGGCCGGGCCUGACUGCGGUGGGCGGCUCCGGGCGGCUUUGUGUGUCGGAGAGAACAUGAAGAAUCCUUAG